AUGGAUAUGCAUGCAAACGAAGCAAGUGAUGAUGCCGAUGAUACUCUCUCCCUUUCCGAUCUUCAGAUUUACAGUGAUCCAUCUUCUUCAUCCGAAGAACCAUAUAACAGGAAUUCAUUGUCAUCCUUUAGAUUCACAAUCGUCAGCACCCCCAGACCGGAAAAGGGGAACGGCAGUUGUUUUGAUGAUAGUUUGGUUCCUGCUGCGAGGCCACGGCGGAUGACCGGGAGUGGCUUCUUGAUGUUCGGAUUGGGAAAGUCUCCGACGAGGAUGGAGCUGUGUGAUUUACGGAGUAGGCAAGCUCGUGGUAGUCCAGCAAGAAUUUUUCCCUUUAAUGGUGGUGGUGAAGAAGAGGCGACGCCUCGCCGGAGACCUGGCAACUGGUCGGGUAAAUUGUUCGGAGCAUGCAUUCCUAUGCUUUGA